AUGUCGGCUCCAGCACCCGCCACAGCAGACCAGCCAAGCAUGAUCGGUCCCAUGCGACCACCUGAAGGCUCGGAAAGUCUCAGUUUUCCCCCAUUGGAAGAGGCGCCCAUGGAAGAUGAGGCAUCCGUGCCGUCCCUACCACCAGGAUCACCAUACUCAGCCAACCGGGCACUGCUGCGGGAUCUGACUCUUCCCACCGUCCCGAACAUGGAUAUCCCCCCUUCGCCUCCCGGAUCGCCACCUCCGGGUGCCAACAAGAAGUUUGAGCACUUUCUCAAGCUCAAGAAGGACGGCGUCCAUUUCAACUCCAAGAUUGCACAAUCUUCCGCGUUGAAGAACCCUAGCCUCAUGGACAAGCUCAUGGGCUUCGCCGAAGUGAGCCAAAAGGAUCAGUACCGGACCACAUUGGGAACGGAUUUGUGGGAUCCUAGCAUAUUCCCCAAAUCGGCAUACAAGGAGCAGUUGAGGCAAAGCCAAACCGAGAUCGGACAAGCGAGAGCGCGAUCAAAGGGCGGUCCAGUGCAAUUCGUGUCAGCCAGUGCCACAAGCAGUCGAGACACAACACCAGGCAAUGGAAAUGUCCCAACAGCAAGUACAGGAAAGCGUAAAACAAGAUUUGAUAGCUAA